CUCUCAGCCAGCCCAGUCGCUGAAUCAGACCCAGCCCGGAGCAGGCAUCCCUCAUCUGCCAGACCCGGGAGCGAGCGGUUGCCCCGUAAAGAACAUGACUUCUUCCUUCAAGCUGGAUUUCCUCCCGGAGAUGAUGGUUGAUAGCCGCUUGCUAGUUUCAGAGAGAAUUAACGGUACAGCUAACAAGAUGAACGGCGCUUUGGAUCACUCAGACCAACCGGACCCAGAUGCCAUUAAGAUGUUUGUCGGACAGAUCCCCCGGUCGUGGUCUGAGAAGGAGCUAAAAGAACUUUUUGAGCCUUACGGAGCUGUCUAUCAAAUUAAUGUCCUCCGAGACCGGAGUCAGAACCCUCCCCAAAGUAAAGGUUGUUGUUUCGUAACAUUUUAUACAAGAAAAGCUGCACUUGAGGCUCAGAAUGCACUGCACAAUAUUAAAACCUUACCUGGGAUGCAUCAUCCCAUUCAGAUGAAACCUGCAGAUAGUGAAAAGUCAAAUGCUGUGGAAGACAGAAAAUUGUUCAUAGGAAUGGUUUCGAAGAAGUGUAAUGAGAAUGAUAUCAGGGUGAUGUUUUCUCCAUUUGGCCAGAUAGAAGAAUGUCGAAUCCUCCGGGGACCUGAUGGGCUGAGUCGAGGCUGUGCGUUUGUCACAUUUUCUACAAGGGCAAUGGCACAGAAUGCAAUCAAAGCCAUGCAUCAGUCUCAGACCAUGGAGGGCUGUUCUUCACCUAUUGUGGUGAAGUUUGCUGACACCCAGAAGGACAAAGAACAAAGGCGUCUUCAACAGCAGUUGGCACAGCAGAUGCAACAGCUCAAUACUGCCACUUGGGGGAACCUGACGGGCCUGGGUGGACUCACUCCACAGUACCUGGCGCUUCUGCAACAGGCAACCUCUUCCAGUAACCUGGGUGCAUUCAGUGGCAUUCAGCAAAUGGCUGGCAUGAACGCUUUACAGUUACAGAAUCUGGCAACAUUAGCUGCUGCCGCAGCUGCUGCCCAAACCUCAGCUACCACCACCAAUGCAAACCCUCUCUCCACAACAAGUAGUGCCCUGGGAGCCCUCACAAGUCCUGUGGCUGCUUCAACUCCCAAUUCCACUGCUGGUGCAGCCAUGAAUUCCUUGACCUCUCUGGGAACUCUGCAAGGACUGGCUGGAGCCACCGUUGGACUGAAUAAUAUUAAUGCACUAGCAGGUACCAUAAACAUUGCUCAAAUGCUCUCAGGUAUGGCGGCUCUGAAUGGAGGACUUGGCGCCACGGGCUUGACGAAUGGUACGGCUGGCACGAUGGAUGCCCUCACCCAGGCCUACUCAGGAAUCCAGCAGUACGCUGCCGCCGCACUGCCCACGCUCUACAGCCAGAGCUUGUUACAACAGCAGAGUGCCGCAGGCAGCCAGAAAGAAGGUCCAGAAGGGGCAAAUCUCUUUAUUUAUCACCUUCCACAGGAGUUUGGAGACCAGGACAUUCUGCAAAUGUUCAUGCCUUUUGGAAAUGUUAUCUCUGCUAAAGUCUUCAUUGACAAACAGACCAAUCUGAGCAAGUGCUUUGGUUUUGUUAGCUAUGACAAUCCUGUCUCUGCGCAAGCUGCUAUCCAAGCUAUGAAUGGCUUUCAGAUUGGCAUGAAACGCUUGAAGGUCCAGCUGAAGCGUUCCAAAAAUGACAGCAAACCUUACUGAUCUUAACCCCAGAAGCUCACUGCUCUUAUUUUAGCUUUCUUAGGACAUCUUCAUGCCCGUUAGUUCAUCGUUUGCCUAGCAUGUCCCUGUGGCGUCUCAAAAAAAAAAAAAAAAAGUUUCAUCGUCCCGUCAUUGUUUCUGAUGUCUUUCUGACCUCACAUCAUAUUUGGUUCUCCUACUGACCUUUGAAAUUUGCAUGUGACCUCAUCUAGCUAUGAAUUCUGGGAAGUCAAUGUGAAAAACAUUGCUGCAUUCAUGCAAGACUGAAAUUUAUUAUUAGACAAAUUAAUUCUAGAAGAAAAAAAAAACCUGUGGCAAAGUGUUUCUUUCUUUCUUAAUUUUUUUUUUCUUUUCGUAAAAAAAAAAAACCAGACUUGAAAGUAUUAUACAGGGAUUGGCAUUCUUCCCGGUCACUGGUAACAAUAGCAAUAUGUGUCCAGGGACACAGAAUGUUGGUUUCUAACAGACUACUUCCAAAAACAGUUUGAGAAAAAAAAAACUGUCUGAUUUUAAGUCUCUAGAGGUCUGUAAUCGUUUUUACAUUUUUCAGGCAGUGUAAAGUUUUUUGAUAAGGCCAUUUUAGGUGGCUCACUUUCUCAUUAAGAUAUAUAUAUAUAGAACCACUUUUUGUAGAUUAGUAUAAGAAAAUAUUUACCCUGUUUUGGGGCAAAUGCUACCUAUUUGUGUCACCUUUUGCUGAACUGACUCACAGUUAGACAAUCCAUGGUUUAAUGCACAUGAAAUUACCUAUAUUUUAUACUGUUCCAAUGUACAGGAGAAAGGUUACUGUAAACUGUGUUACGUUGGUGCUUCUGUGAAUUAAGUUGUGGUUUCAUCAUGAGUCUUACGGUCUUAAGUGUUCUAUGUUGAUAAGACAAGUUUAAAAAUUUGGUUUACUUGAACAAAAUAAAAAAGAGUUUCAAAAAAAAAAUUGUUUGCUUAAAAAAAAUUUCAUGUGAGGAAAAAAAAAAAACCUAUUCCAGAAUAAGUUUUGUGUUGGCUUGUGAAGCAUUGAUGUCAUUUUUUUAUUGUGGACAAUUUAGGUGUGUUUGUGUUCAGCAAAAUGUGAUCUGUUUUUUUUUCUUUUAAAGAAAAAAAAAAACAGUGAAAAUAUAUAGUGCCAAAUUCCAAAGGUACUUCCUUCCUAGAGCUUCAGUGUGUUUCUUGUGAGAAGUAAUUUGAUAACAUGGGUAUUUUAUUAUGUGUUUUGUAUAAAUCCCUAAUAUUAAAAAAAAAGAGGUUAAAAAGUUUGUUAACUUGCUAUCCUGUGGUCUUGUUGCCUGAAAUUGUUAUUGUUUGUUAUUUCUCUUCGAUGUUUUUUGUAAGACAUUGUAUAAGUGCCCAUGUCUCACUUUUUUAACCACUCUGCACAUCAAUGCUGUGAAGGCAAACCUCACAAUGUAUUUUCUUCAUAAUAUUAUGGAAACCUCUAAGGUGAGAAAGUUUUGAACUUUUAACCCUUUCUACCCAGAGCUGUCUGGAAUGUUGGUACCUUUGAUACAUCCACCAUUUUAUUGUUGGGUUUGUUUGGGGGUGUUUCUGUUGGGUCAUUUCCUCCUCCUGCCAUUUCCCCUUCUCCCCCAUAUACCUAAUUUUUUUGUGGGGGUUUUGAUUUGAUUUUUGUUUGUUUGUUUUUUAAACAUGGUUGAAAUCUACAAGAAGGAAAAAAAAAUCCACAGGGCAGAUCUGAAGGGUAAAAUCAAUAGUAUUUAACCACUCUCCAAAAUUCCCCACCCCUUUCAUUUUUUUUCCUUUCACUUUUAAGUACUUUUUUCUUUUUUAAUCUUCUCAGAGAGCUCUAAAUGUGCUGCUGUAACUUGCUGUUCAGUAUUAAAUAACAACAGUUUCUUACUGAUUCUCUCCUCCCCUUGCCCCAUUCCCUCAAGAAAAUGGUGAAUUUUAGCACCUAAUGAUAUAUAUUUUUUUCCAAUUUGCUUUUGAAAUCAAGUGUGGUGGUGCAUUCUGGCCGAGAACUUUUUAAUGUGCACUGCAAUUUAAACUACUUUUUAAACAAACAUUUCCUGGAUAACGUUUACAAUCGGCCAUUGUGCUGGGAUUGUCUGAGCCCUCUGGGUAUGGCCUAUAUGUGCAGAGUACCCAGAAUCUGAAACUGGUAGCCCUUUCACUGCCUUUCUCAUGUUAGUUUGUUGGACUAAGUGCAUCUGAGGAGACUGUACAAGCAGAACUCACUUCUCAUUACUGACACACACACAGAAAACAAAAUUGCCAACCAAAUACCCAUCAGCAUUAAUUACCUGCUGCCUGUUUUUCUAAAGUGCCAUAUUUCUUUUUAUAAAAUCAAACACAGACAUCAUAAGGUCUUGACAAGACUGAAGGCCGUAACAACCACCAAAUGCAAAGCCCUUUCUGAAAAAAAUAGAAAACAGGUCAUUGGCAUCUUCUCUGUGGCUGGGUACAAUGCUGGUGACCUUCCUCUCUCCCCUCUCUGAUUCACUCACCCCUUUCAGUUUAAUAUGAACGGAUUGUGAUAGCCCUGAGGUGGAAAGGACUAGCCUCUCAUGAUGCAAAAAAAAAAAAAAGAAAGAAAAAAACAAAAAAAAAACAGAAAAAAAGAAAAAAAGUUUCCUUCUUAUAGCACAUGCACUUACAAUGAAAUGAUUUUUAUUAUCCUCACACGUGUUUACUACUGCUGGGGCCUUCCUUCAUCCUUUGAGGGCUAUUUGUACUUCCUGCAGCAAUCUGCUUAAUAACAAAACAGAUCGCACAUAUGUCUCUCAUAUAUAUCUAUAUACGGGGUAUGUAUAUACAUAUAUAUAAACACAGGAGAACUUCAUUUGAAUCUUAGACUGUUUCACUCAGAAUCUUCUCAUUUGUCAACCACAUAAAUUUCCAAAGGUUUUUUUUUUUCCAAUUUCUUCAGCAAAAACUGUCCCUGUCCCCUUUUAGCCCCUCUCCCACCUUCCUCUCGCCCAGAGUGGACUGAGCACUAUUCAGUAGAAAGUUGAGGGUGAGCACUUUUAGUUGAGCAUUUAUUAUUUUGCAGGCAACCAAGAUAUGGUAGGUUUGGUGGAAAUGUCUGUCCCCUUCCGCCCUUUAAUUUGUAUGUGUUGUCUUUGUUAAGCAAGUUAUCCCUCCUUAGUGAGAAAUUGUCCUCCGGUUUACUUUGACUCAGAAUAUCAAAAGGAAAAGCUGCAAGGGUGCAAAGGGCCUAUGCCAGAAGGAAAAACAAAACAAAACAGGGAAAUUGCUUUUUUUUAAAUAAAAAAUUAAAUGUAGAGAAUAGUAGUUUUUAAAUUAAAUUAGAGACUUGCAAUGAAAUGGCAAUCCUCAAAGGCAUAAAUAAGUUCAUCUUUCUUUCACCAUAGGGGUUAUAGUUCUUUGGCUUGUGCUACUCUGGAACCAUUUUACUGUUUCUGUUUUUAUUAUCUUAAGUGCUAAUUAACAAGAAGAAGAAAAAAAAACCUGUAGUUUCAUUACCUUUUUGGAUAAUGUCAUACAAAAAAAAUGUAUUUGUGUUUUUUUUGUGCUGUGAAAAAUUGUUGUUUGUAGAUUAAUAAUAUGAUCAUUUUGUUUAGAAUUACAAAAUAGUUUUUUAAGUAUUGUCUGAGAAAAGCCAAAGUUAAUGCAACCUAGUGGAAACUGUAAGACCAUUUGAGUAUUGUUUCUGUUUUAUUGAUGCAUUUGGAUUUUGUUGUUUGAUGGAAUUUGAGCCAAAAAAAAAAUGCAGGCUUUCCUAUUUCUACAACUGAUUGUACUUAUGCAUUUUGUACCAGUGGAACUUUUUAUACUGGAGAUUAAAAAAAAAAAAAGGAAACUUUUGUGGCUUACUCUAGUGGGCCCCCUGACCAUGACUGAUUUUGAGUUUGAUUUCUGGUUGGUAGAAAGAAAGUUGGUUUUCUUUUGAGAAUUAAAAACUUUGGCUUGCUUUCUUUUUUUCCCUUUGCUUAUAUCUAGCGUUAGAAUUUUGUCUUUUUAAAAAGCGGUAAGUUUCACUUUUUAUUCUGUAUUGUGCAGUUACACAAUAAGGUAAUUAGAAUUAGGAGUACUCAGUCACUUUAAGUGGAUAAAUGUAUCAGUUAAAACUUUAGGGGUUUGCUUUUUUGCUGUUUAGAUCAAAGUUUUUUCUGAUUCUUCUGUCCUCAUUGUGAACAUAACCGUGUAGUUGAAACAGUCAAACUUAUUUUUGUAACGUAUGUUAUUGUGUGAUGCAGUUUUUUGCUUCUGUCUCCAAUAUUAAACCAUUUUCCUAAUA